CGACGUAUUACGGAACACGAAGAAACUGACUGGUUUACAAAAGCUCGUUAACCAGAUGUUGGACAUUGAAUGCCAUUGGAACAGUGCGCUUAAUCGUAAAUGCCUUGGUACUUCAUUGUGUGGCCACUAUGAAUCUUCAACAUCACUAGCUGCAAAUGCCAAAACCAAAGAAAAAGCCUGUUCGACCUCCACUGGAAUUUAUAAAUGAACCUUUCUCUAAACCAAAGGGAGAGACUGUAUACAAAACGUGUUCUGAGGUGUAUCCUGAAGUAAAAAGAGCACCUAUCGAUGAAGUUAACGGUUGGUUCGAACCGAGCUUUAGGACACUUAGAGUGCCGAAAAAACAAACAGUUGCCAGGAGUUCGUCAAACCCUCGUCAUGUCUUACCUGAACUGGAGUUUGUUGACGAUGAGCGAAUUUCGGUCAAGUCAUUAUCUACCCUUGAUAGACAGAAGUCUUGUCCAUUGUUCCCUUUGAAAUCUCCUGAAGCAGUUAGUCGCAAUGUGGUCGUAUUAGUCAAAGAAACACCGGAGAAUACUAAUCGUACAAGUAAAAGCUGUGCAAAAGGUAUUUUCAAAGUACGUCCCUUAUUCGAAGAAUUACCUGGUUGUACAGAGGAUCUAUCAAGAUUGAAGAUUAGAGAAUGAAGUUUUAUCACAGAAAAUACCAUUUUGAUUUUCGCAUUCGAUAUGCAUGAAACUUGACUUCUAUCUAUUUUCCUUUUAUAAAUAGAUUUUACUUCUUGAAACAAAAUUCUCUUCUUUUAAUUACUUUUAACUGGUACAUAAUUUGAGUUUUAUUAGUUUUGUCUUAUUCCAGACUUAUUGGUUAAAUGUUUCCUGAACUUUUAAGUGUGUUUAUGUUCCUAGUGAGACUUUAACACAAUAUCCAUCUUUCCAAGCAAUAUAUAAUACUAUCCCCUUGGUUACUGGGGUUAUAUUAAGUAAGUUCUGGUCAGCACUUAUCGGGUAUUGGAA